CGAAAGUGGUAACUUUUUAAAUUGAUGAUCAAAGUUUGUCAAAAAAAAGUAAGAGAGAAUUUGUAUAUUAAAAAAUUAUAAAAAUUAUAUAUUAAUAAUCUAUAUGUUAAGACGAAUCAAACAAGAUCACACAUGACUAUUUUUAGGCUUACACAUUGAGAGAAUUUGAUGAGUCAAAGUGCUUAGAUGAACAGUUUCAAAAGUCAAAAGUGGACAAACACUGAGGGACGGACCAAGUACCAUCUUUUUAAAGUGAUCAUUAUAUUGCUUGCUUCUUACCCACCAGCUCUUAUAUACUACUACUACUGCUGCUAGCUAAGCUACUUUGGAGUAUCUAAACCUUUCUUCCAUCUUGUAGUCUUGGUAUAAAACUCACCCCCAGCCAUUGACUAUCCAUACUUCAAUUUUCUUGGGGAACCUUAUAGCUAAGAAGAAGGUUUUGGUAGCUGCUUUACAAUGUGGGAAUCGGAGACUGAGUCUGUCAGCGGUGGUGACUAUGGCGGCGCCGCCGCUGGAGAUGGAGUUCUCGCUGCCGCCGCCGCCGCCAGGCCUGGUGUCAAGAGUGAUGGUUUUGAGCAAAGGGGUGAAUCUUGGUAUGUUGCAACUGAUGUCCCAAGUGAUCUCUUAGUUCAAAUUGGAGAUGCCAGUUUCUAUUUGCACAAGUAUCCUCUGCUUUCAAGGAGUGGGAAGUUGAACAGAAUCAUAUACGAUUCCCGGAAUGCGGAUUUGAGCAAGAUAACCCUAGACGACCUUCCCGGCGGCCCCGAGUCCUUCGAGCUAGCCGCCAAGUUCUGCUACGGAAUCGCCGUUGAUCUGACCGCCACCAACAUCUCCGGCUUAAGAUGCACGGCGGAGUACCUCGAAAUGACGGAGGAUUUGGAGGAGGGCAACCUCAUCUUCAAAACCGAAGCCUUCCUCAGCUACGUCGUCCUGUCCUCGUGGCGCGACUCCAUCGUCGUGCUGAAGAGCUGCGAGAAGCUGUCGCCCUGGGCGGAGAAUCUCCAGAUCGUGCGGAGGUGCAGCGAGUCCAUCGCCUGGAAGGCCAGCGCGAAUCCCAAGGGGAUCCGGUGGCAGUACACCGGGAAGCCUCCGGCGGGUUCCAGCCCUAAAUGGAACGAAUUGAAGGAAUCCAGCCCUAGCAGAAACCAGGCCCCGCCCGAUUGGUGGUUUGAGGACGUCUCAAUUCUCAGGAUCGACCACUUCGUCAGAGUGGUCACCGCGAUCAAAGUGAAAGGGAUGAGGCACGAGCUGAUCGGUGCUUCAAUUAUGCACUACGCCGCCAAAUGGCUCCCCGGACUGAUCAAGGAGGGCCACGCCGCCGCCGGAUCCGAUGAAGGAACCACCACCACCAGCUGGAAAGGCGGCGGACUAUACAUGGUGGUGGCGGGAACCAGAGACGACACGCUGAACACUGUUCCCACCAAAGACCAGAGAAUGAUCAUUGAGAGCCUGAUAAGCAUAAUCCCUCCGCAGAAGGACAGCGUGACUUGCAGCUUCCUCCUGCGGCUCCUGAGGAUGGCCAGCAUGCUGAAAGUGGCCCCCGCCCUGGUCACAGAGCUGGAGAAGAGGGUGGGGAUGCAGUUUGAGCAGGCGGCUCUGCCGGAUCUUCUCAUUCCUUCUUACAGCAAGGCGGAGACUCUGUACGAUGUCGACCUGGUCCAGAGGGUUUUGGAGCAUUUCCUUGUUCAGGAGCAGACUGAGAGUUGCAGUCCCAGCAGGAAUUCAUUCUCUGAUGGCAAUAACAAACACAGCAAUACUCUACACGAUGGAGGGAGUCAAAGGGGGACGAAUCUGAACGCCAAGAUGAGAGUGGCUAGGCUUGUUGACAGUUAUCUCACUGAAGUUUCCAGGGACAGAAACCUCUCCCUGACUAAAUUUCAGGUCCUCGCCGAGGCUUUGCCUGAGUCUGCAAGAACCUGCGACGAUGGCCUCUAUCGAGCCAUCGAUUCCUAUCUUAAGGCUCACCCGGCGCUGUCAGAACAUGAGAGGAAGAGGCUGUGCCGUGUCAUGGACUGCCAGAAACUCUCCAUUGACGCGUGCAUGCACGCAGCUCAGAACGAGAGGCUCCCUCUCAGAAUUGUGGUCCAGGUCCUCUUCUCUGAGCAGGUGAAGAUAAGCAACGCCAUUGCCAAUAACGCCCUCAAAGAUUCCUCCGGCGACUCUCACUACCAGCCCUUGGUGUCCAACCGCAAAACGCUGCUUGACGCGACGCCGCAGUCGUUUCAGGAAGGAUGGGCAUCGGCAAAGAAGGAUAUCAACACACUCAAGUUUGAGCUGGAGACUGUCAAGUCCAGGAACUUGGAGCUCCAGCGCGAGAUGGAGAGUCUUCAGAGGCAAUUCGAUAAACUGGCGAAACCCAAACAGGGCUCCUCGGCGUGGUCUGCAGGGUGGAAGAAACUGAGCAAGCUGACGAAGACGACAAAUUUAGAGAACCAAGAUAUGGGGACUCCAGUUGCAAACCCAGAAAUUGCUAGAAAAGCACCAAGAAGGUGGAGAAAUUCCAUUUCCUGAGGAUACAUGAGAGAAAAAGAAAAAUUUCUUCUCAAUUUGUCUCAAGCAUGAAGUAUCGAAAGAUUUGUCUAUUUAACUUUCCCCUUUUGGUUGUAGAAAACACCUGAGACAGUAACAUAAGUUGUUCAUCAAGUUCAUGUUCUUUACACAGUACUUUUAUCCAGAUUAAUAUCUAUUUGAUAUUCACUACUCAAAAUCCUGAACAUGUACAAUGCUUGUUAGGUUCUCAAUCCAAAAAUCUAAGAAGUAAUUAGAUUGAAAAAUGCUUUGCCAGAAUUAGAAUUAACCCAAAAAGAAAGACACUUGAGUAAG